CUCGUACAACCUAUAGUCUCAAAAAUCCAACAGAGUAACCAGAUUGCAGAUUAAAAUCCUCAGUUCAACGCAAAAAUGACUACAAUUAAAGGUCCAGGAGCCGCGCAGGUACACAACGGCUCGGGGCUCAGAAUUGCAAUUGUUCACGCGCGGUGGAACAUGGAGAUAAUCGGCCCUCUUGUUGACGGGGCCAAACGAAGCCUCCUAUCAGCCGGAGUUCUGGAGGAGAAUAUAUCACUGCAUACCGUUCCAGGCAGCUAUGAGUUGCCCUAUGCAGCGCAGCGGAUAUAUGCCGCCUCGCAGAUUCAAGCUGCCAGAAGCUCGGCUUCUGCUCAGGCCAUCAGCGCCACGGACUUGCUCUCUUCUUCGUCUGCAGACCUUGCAAACCAAUCUACUCAGCCUCCAUCUACUGAUACGCCCCAGCCAUUCGAUGCCAUAAUUGCGAUAGGUGUUUUGAUCAAAGGGGAAACAAUGCAUUUCGAAUACAUUGCCGAUGCUGUGACUCACGGACUGAUGCGCGUCCAGCUGGAGACGGGCGUGCCUGUCAUAUUUGGUGUACUUACUGUACUGAACGAGGAACAAGGCCUGGAAAGAGCCGGAUUGGGUAAAAAGGGCAUGCAUAACCAUGGUGAAGAUUGGGGCAAUGCAGCCGUGGAACUCGGAGCAAAGAGAAGAGACUGGGCUGAAGGCAGAAACAUUUAGGGUGGAUCAAGCGGCUGACAAGGUAUAUGGCCCGAAUUGGAAAGAAACUCUUCUUGUUCUUAAUGAGGGUUACAAUCGAUGAAAAUCUUAGCAGAUGAAGCCUUAUUUACUAGAUCGAUAUCAAGGAAGGGCCAUCCC